UAUUUGCGUCAUAUAACUUUGGACCUUGGUCGGACUCUUGCUGAAUAUCUAAUUUUUAGGCAUACGUUCCCUGCUGAAGAAAAUAGGUUCGAAUUAUUCAACGUCUAAGCCUAAAUUUAUAUUGUUAAUUGCUUCUGAACAGUUUCCAGUACAUAGCUGACAUCACCACUAUGACAUUUCAAUUUCUCGUGCUCAAUAGGUAUUUUUCCUCUUCACCGGCAAUGGCAGCUGCUAUAAAGAAUGUUACAGUGAUUGGUGGUGGUUUGAUGGGCUCUGGAAUUGCUCAGGUGGCAGCCCAGACAGGCCAUCGCGUUACUGUUGUUGAAGUUAAUGAAAAUGCAAUAGAGAAGGCAAAGAAUGGAAUUCAAAACAGCCUGCAAAGAGUGGCAAAGAAGUUGUAUAAGGAUAAACCUGCAGAUGCAGAGACAUUUGUGAAGGAAACAUUAAGCCGAUUGCAUACAUCCCUGGACUUGAAAGAUGCAGUGAAGGACACUGACCUUGUAGUUGAAGCAAUUGUUGAAAAUCUUGAUCUUAAACAUAAGCUUUUCUCAACCAUUGAUUCAGUUGCACCAAAUCAUACAAUAUUUGCAUCCAACACAUCAUCAUUGUCCAUUCAAGACAUUGCCUCUGUUACAAAGAGAAAAGAUCGAUUUGGAGGAUUACAUUUCUUCAAUCCAGUCCCCGUCAUGAAACUUUUAGAGGUUAUCCGUAUACCUGAAACAUCUGAUGAAACAUAUGAGAAAAUGACAGCAUGGGGGAAGGCUCUUGGAAAAACAACAAUCACAUGCAAAGAUACACCUGGAUUUGUGGUUAACCGAUUAUUGGUUCCAUUGUUAGCAGAGGCUGUCCGAAUGUUGGAAAGGGGUGAUGCUACAGCGAGGGAUAUUGACACAGCAAUGAAAUUGGGUGCCAGUCAUCCUAUGGGGCCAUUCGAACUUGCAGAUUAUGUUGGUAAUGACACAACGAAGUUUAUUCUUGAUGGUUGGCAUCAGAAGUACCCAGAUGUUGAACUGUUUAAGCCAAUCCCUCUUUUAACUAAAUUGGUGGAGGAAGGGAAGUUGGGAUUAAAGACUGGAGAAGGGUUCUAUAAAUAUGACAAGGGUACAAAAUAACAACUCAGCGAUAACCUUGGAUAGAAGAGAAGAAACCCAUGCAAUACAACUAUAGAUAAUAUUCAUUUCCCCACCACAUUGCUCAUGUAAUGGGAAGAUAAUUAUGCCAUUUGUAUACCAUGUUUGGAACUGGAUGUGUCAUGUUACUGGUUGACUCGUUAUAGAUUUUUUUUUGUAUUGUUUCAAGUUUGGUCAGAAUAUAUAGUUAUAGAAAUUCAAGCCAGAAAGAAAUGUACAUUUACCUUUAAGUUACCCAUCCAGCAGUGUUAUAAUUUGCAAUUGCAGUCAACAUUGCAUCAUGGCAGAAAGCAGCUGAUUUCCAAAUGUUCUAUUUUAAUCACCAAUGGUAGCAAAGCAAAGAACAGCUCAGUUGGUAUACUGGUAUGUGUUAGAUACAAAUUGUCUUUCGAAUACACGUUAAAAAGUAAUGCUAUGCAGAACCAUCGAACGUUCUCAGGUAAAAAGGGUGCAGGCAGUGUGCAUAGAUCAAGUUGACAUGUAACAAACUGAAGAUAUUCAUAACACUGUUGUAUAUUUUUGGAAAUUCUGAUGCUGCAGUUCCUAUGUGACAUAAAAAUGUUAGAAUGAAAGAUACUAAAUAUUCCUAGGAUAGGAGUGAGCAGACAGGCUCUCAUGCAGUCUUUUGGCCUUCAGUAAAAUUAUGUUGUUGCUGUUUGGUAGGGAGCAAUUUGUACAUUAAAUGUCUUGAAAAGUUGUACCAUUAAGAAGUAAUAUAAUAAAAGUGAGAUCUAUUAUUGGUGAACCCAUCUUAACAAAUUGCGAUAUAAUAGAUUUCAGAACUUUAAAGAGCAGCAGAAGAGGUGGUAUUUGUGACAACAGCAAUUUGUAUCAACUGCUGAAGUCAUAUGGCAUCAUCCUGUUUCUCAUUUGGUUUGGCUUCAUUCAUUCAUUCAUCAGUAAUUUGUCAAGACGACAGGUCCACAGUCUCUUCCAAAACAAUUCCUCCGCUUGUGGCUUAAUGACAUUAUUUAGUUUCAUGUUGAAGACUUUGCUGAUGCCUGCUUUGGGAAAGGAAAUUACUUUAGAAGAUACAUUUUACAAAUUCAUGAGUAAGUGUAUUUCAUAUAAUUUAUAAUAAAAACUCAAUUAAAACGCAAAGCAAAAGUCACAUGCAAAUAAUAAUUCAGAUGUCAGCAGACACAAAUAUGAUCACGGAUGUGCAUGAUUAUUUGCACACCUUUUAAACAAAUAUUCAAGUCCAGUAAAUAUAAGUACUACUAUGAAGGCACUGUAUUCUGGGUACUGUUUUUAUACAUAAUAAAUACCAGAAUGUAUUUUUAUAUCAGUUAUCAACUUGAAAUAAAUAUGUUAUAUUGAA